CCAUUCGUGGCCGCGGCCGAUGAUUACUCGCCGGCGCCCGGUGAUUGCCAAGGAUCUCCGAUGGGGGGGGAGAACUGUAUGUAAACAAUACAGUUCUCUUCCCUGUCAGCUUGUGCACACUGCUUUGAAUGGCUGUGCACAGCACAGCCAUGCAAAACAACACAGCCCCAUAGUAAAACACACACAGCACACAAUUAACCCUUUGAUCACCCCAGAUGUUAACUCUUUCCUGCCCAGUGCCAUUAGUACAGUGUCAGUGCUUCUUUUUAGCACUGAUCACUGUAUUGGUGUCACUGGGGAUGUCAGUGACACCAAGUCAGUUCCCCCCAGUGUCAGAAUGCCCGCUGCAGUCCCACUAAAAGUCGCU